AUGGCCUUGCAAUCCACUCAAAACCUCCCAGAGGUCAUCAGAAAUUAUGAGAAAGUUGCUGAAAUGGUCAAUCGCCGCGAAAUGGAUCGAUUCAUUGCACAAAUCCGAUCGCGAUGGGACCCCCCUUCACACGAAGAAGAGGAUCGAUUCGAAGGCUGGACGAGCGAAGGCGUUUUCACCAAAUGUGUUUACGAUAUGGCUUUCUACUCCCACGAUCGCCCGCAACCAGUGAUAGAUCCCAACGGAACGGACGCAGAAGUGAAUGAGCAAGUGCAAACCAAACCAAGUCUGGACGAGAUCAUCAUGAACUAUGUUCAGAAGCCUUUGAUACUGCCGCCUCUUUCUAUCACUGAGAGACAGAAGCUGUUGGAAAACAUCAAGACUGGGAUGAAACAACAGGUUUCAGCUUCUCAAAUUGAUCCCACGGCGCUGGAAUUGCCACAAGAUCUUGAUAUUCUUCUCUCGAUGGCGAGGGGUAUCAAUGGAGCCGGUGUGCCCGCAGAAACGGCCUAUACAAAACUCAUCUACGAAUUUGGAGAGAACUUCGUUCCUAACAAGAUGCCCGACGAAGUCCGAAGCCGCGGUGAAAGUGCAUUUCUUCGAGCCUCUGGAUACAAUGAUGGGUCAGGUCGCAAAGUGCCCAUAGCCGCUUUCAAACUAGGAGGUUGCGAGCAGCAUCGGAGUGUCUAUUAUGUACUCAUGCAGCUCAAGGGUCGCUCAAAGAUCCAUUCCGAUGCGGAGUGGCAGAUUUGGGAUCGUAUCGAUAUAGAAGUCGAGCACUUUGACAAUUUGGCGGAUUGGUUACAGCACGAGACGAAAGUGAUUGAGGAGAUGGAGGGAGGUGCAAGAAGAGAGUUAGUUGUCGAGGUGUCCGACAGAUAUCCUCUAUGGUAA